AUGAGGCGCGGCGCAAGGGGCGCCCGAGCGCGGUCGCUACCGCGGCGGCUACCGCCGCCCCUCCCCGUAGGGAUGCCUGCCCCGGGCGCCCGCUCGCUCGAGGCUGCAGGGUCUGCCGGGCGCCCCCGCCGCGCCUCGCCGUGUGCGCGGGGCCCGCCGGAGCUCGGUCUCGCUGGAGUUCGGCUCAGAGCUGCAGCUUCCGCUCCUCGCCCGCGGAGCCCGGCGCGGCAGUGCGGCGUGCGCGAGGCUGGUGAUUGGUGGAGCGCGACCGCGGCGGGGGCGUGGUCUAGCGGACGGGGCGGGGCCUCGCGGGGCUGGGCUGCGCAGCCUGGUACUUCGGGGCCUGUACCCCAAGACGGGCGCGGGGCUCGGUUUGGCUCCGAGUGGGAGUUCUCAGCCUCUGGGCCCGCGGGGCCCCGGCAGCGGGACGCCCUGCGCCCGAGACUCCGCCGAGGUUCCCAGGAAGCCCGAACUUCCCGCCCCUGGGAGCCCAGCGUACCGCAGCUCCCCGCGAUGGCCCUGGACCCUGCAUCUCAGCAAACCACAGGCGGCCGGGCCCCACUCAGGUUCAGAUUGUGGAAGUCCGGCUUCCUGGGAGGGCUCAGCUGCCCUCUUUUAAAAUAGACCACCAACUGCAAUUAAAUAAUGCAAUAAAUGGAUUAAUGUACAGAAUUUCUGGGAAGAUUUGAUGGCCACAUGCAGAAGAAUGUAACUAGACCCUUGACUUUCACCAGUUACAAAAAUCAAAUCAAAAUUGAGUAAAGAAUUAAAUGUAAAAUAGAAAAAUUGCUUCAGGCCACUGGAAUGAAACUCCAAUGAGCAAGGAUUUCUUUUUUUGGACAAGACUCCAAAAAA